AUGAUCACUUCUCAUUUUCUGGUUGUAGAACAAUCGUUUUCCUUGGAGGGGGCCCAGUUUUGCGAUCAGUACGGCAAUCCCGUCGUCUUCAGUACGGCUCCGGAGAUUGAACCACAACAAAUUGUGAUAGUGAGGCGAUUUUGUCAUAUCUUUCUGCUAUCUUCUACACCUUCAGGCCGACUGCGAUAAUGAGCCUUCUGAUUCGACUUCAAGGGUCAGAAUCGACAGUGACGGGCAGCAAAUCUCCCAUUUCUCACAUUUGCCGAUGAAAACGUCGCUGCAACAGAUUCAACACCAAACUCAACAUUUGGAGACUGAGACUGACUCUCAAUCGCUGCAAGGAUUCGAAAAAGAGCCGCAAGAGGAACAAGUGAUUCAGCUCGACGAUGAUUCUCAGGCCGUCCAAAUUUACGUUGAUCCGACCACCAAGCAGCACUAUGCAGCCAUUGAUGGUAAACUGCGACGUUACCCAUUACCAGCUCUUAAAAAAUACGGAAAAGCCCAAAUUUAAAUUGUAGGCGUUUACACAUUUAUUCAGUGCUCAAACAACAUUUUAUGCGGAGUCGUGGAAUCUUUGAAGAAUCUUUUAUCGGUUCUCGUCUUUGAUCAAAAAUCAUCAGCAUCAUUGUUCAAUACGAAUAAUGAUGCGGUUUAAGGGCUGAUAUGACCUCUAGCAGAAACAAUUUACAAACAGGGAAUGAUAAGAAUUCGAAAAAACGGUGUUUUCUAAAUUAGUUUUGAAUUUUUUGCUCACUGGAAAGGUAAAUUAAAUUGAUUGCAAGAAAGAGAAAACAGUUUGAAAAAUGGAUUAGAUGUGAUAAAAAGAUACUUCAUAUCUUUGUUUGUUCCAGGUCCCAACGGAACACAAUUGUACGCAGUUGUCAUCGCCAGUGAAGGCGGUUCAUUCACAUUUCGAGACGGCGUGAGUUCUUUCGAAGCGGACCAAAAGACAAAAUCACGUUGACAGUUGGACGCCCAGGCGAUAGAGUCAGAGCCGGGCACUCAGUUGGUCGAUUCGGUUCCGGAAACGUGCGCUGCCGAAACAUCUAACGAACAAGACGCAUCAAGUUUUUUUUUACUGAUCAUGAAAUUUUUCGGAAUGAUAGUGGGUGCUUUGACGGCCAAUAAGAUGUAGUCUGUUCAUAAUUUGAACGUCAAAUACAACGACGUCAUUCGGAAACGCAGUCUUAUUGGUUUAUCGCGUCAUUAGGGGCGUGGUUUAAGCAACGAUUUGCAAUUUGAAAUCUGACAGACCAUAUGUCUAAUACUGCAAAUGACUUUCCCGUUCAGAAUCCAGUUUAUUUGCUUUUCCUUUUUUAAACAUUCAUUGAGAUGUUUUUCGGCAUGUUAUAUAGUGCGGGCGUUUACAAAAGGCGACCACUCUUUCUCUGCUCCAUGAAAAAAAUUAAUAAAAUACGGACGUUGUUUAAAUUUUUUUAUUAUUAUUUCAAAAAUUCAACGAAAUUAUAAUUUCUCGAUAGCUUUUUUGAUCCGUAUAAUGGCGCCUCUUUCGUUUUUUUUUUUAUACUAUCGUUUUUCAACUCAUUAUUUAAAAUUUAUUUUUUUUCUCAUGUUCAAUUUUUUUCCACCUAAUUUCUGGUUUGAUACAGCUUUCUUGAACUGCUGAAAAUCGUAUUGAAAAUUUCUAAUGAGAAACCAAAAUUUUUUUUGGAAAUUAAAAAAAAUGUAUAGUAAUGAAUUCAUCAAUUUCGUAGUACUUUAAAAAAAGAAAAGAUAGGGAAAAAAAAAUGCUAAUUUCGAAAAAAAGUACCAAAUUGAUGGUAGAAAGGAAUUUCGGGUUCCCGAAUAUUCGUGAGCGUUAAUUGUGCAUACACCAAUCUUAGAGGCUCGAAUCUUUGAAAAUUUGAAUCUUUGCAAAACGAUUCUUGGGAAUAUUCACCUAUUUUUCUGGUUUUUUUAUAAUUUUUUUCCAAUGUUUUUUUGUUAACAGAAGUUGAUGGAGAAUAUAUACAGAGUGAAUGAGAAUGUGGUAGCCGUUCUGCAGCGAAUAUUUGACUACUUGUAUGCGAGAAAGACGCAUUGUUUGAUAAAAAGUUAGUUGAAAAAAAUCAUACAGUGUUCAUUUGUGGUCGAAACACGGCAUCUUCAAAACGGCAAAACGACAAAGAAAAAAAGUAGGAAAAAAAGGAAGGAAAUUCAAAAAAGAUGGGAAUAUUCCCAAGAAUCGUUUGCAAAGAUUCGAGCCUCUAAGAUUGGUGUAUGCACAAUUAACGCUCACGAAUAUUCGGGAACCCGAAAUUCCUUCCUACCAUCACCAAAUUAAAUAAGAUUGAAAAAAGCCUGUAUUUUAUAAAUUAAAAGAAAAGCACAAAAAAAGCGUUCGCAUUUUGUAAACGCCCGCACUUUAUAGCAUGCCAUGUCGUGCUAAAAAAAAUUGAAAACUUGAAAAAUAAGAAGAAUUUUGACCUUUUUUGCAACUUUCGCCGCCGUAAUUUUCAAUCUGAAAGUGAAACACCUUCCGUGGGCCAAAAAUCGUUCACUGUCGUUAUUUCAGACCGUAAUUUUUUGUUGUUGAAAAUUUUAAGAUCUAUUAAAUUUAUAGGUUCGCCAGCUACCAAUCGGCAAAGCCGAAGAAGAGUGUUAUCAUCACAAUCCAAGAAAGAAUCACAAACGCCCUCAACUCCAAAUAGCCGCUUAACCAAACGUGCGCCUGGAAAAACUCGUCAUUCCUGAAAUUUCUUGAAACCCCCAUCUCUGGUUAACGGCGUAUUCACACAAUAAAGUCACAGUGCCCUUUCAAAUUUAGUCGGGUUAGGCUCACUCUCAAUCGAUAAGUGAUAUACAGAGUCUAACUUCGUGACAUUUCAGUCAUAUUUUUGUGCACACGGAUAAUAUCUUUAUUCGCGAAAGCUUAGGAAGUUUAAUAAGUAUGCUGUCAGAUCGCUUACCAAUGCUUUACCAUGUGUACUAUAUAUGGACUUACUGUGUGGAUACCUCGAUUAAACUUUGAUAUAUAACGCUUUACUAUGCUGAUUAUUGGGAAAUUAUUGUAAUCCUUUCAAAGGAAUCAGAUCUCACGUCACUGUUUCUUAUGGUUUGGGGCGCGCGUCUUUUCUUUUUCAUCUUUCCAUGUACCAUUUAUAGUCAAUGUUUCCCGACUUGAAAGGCGAAGGAGGCGCGGCGAGGGGCGGAACGCGUAGCGUGUGCGUUCGCGGUUCUUGGCACGUGUUCAAUUCGGCAUGUUCUAAAACACGAGCGGUUGUGGGGCACGAGCGGCACGACCGUUACUAAAUCACGAGCGGUUUCAUUUUCGCUCUUUCGCGAACGCUUCUAAAUCACGAGCGUUUUUGGCUUAUCGUUCUGUUCGAGCGUUUCAUUCUUUUUUUUUUCGUAAAUUUCGUAUUUUUUUUUUCUCGUUUCAUGAUAAAUAUUUUCAAAGCUUGGAAACGAAUAAAUUUUUUGGUAGUAUCUCCAAAACUAUUCUAGCGGGUAAGAGGAGAAUAAAAUAUGAAUGGCAUCAAUUCGAAUAUGAGAUUCUAUUACCAGAAAAAAAUUUUUGAGAGAAAGUAUUAGAAAAAUUUGCUAUACGCAAAAUUUGAGAAAUAUUGACUUUCAUGCGAGACGUCUGUGAAAUAUUAGUUUAUCAUACGCAAAAUCUGUGAAAUAUUGAAUAUGAAAAAUCAGAUGAAAUUAUAUAACAAAUUGAGCGAAAAAAUGUGCAUAUAAGAUCGUCAAAAUUUUCAUUCAAGGAGAAAAAGAAGGUAGAAAUAUGAAAAAAAAAACACACACUUGGAUGGUAAUAAAGAAAAUGAUUAAAAUGAAACGCUCGCGGUUUAGAAACGCUCGAACAGAACGAUAAGCCAAAAACGCUCGUGAUUUAGAAGCCUUCGCGAAGGAGCGAAAAUGAAACCGCUCGUGAUUUAGUAACGGUCGUGCCGCUCGUGCCCCACAACCGCUCGUGUUUUAGAACAUGCCGUUCAAUUCAAUUGCCGCCGACUAUUAAAAAAGCUCGGCAACCGCUCUUUUUCAAUGUUUUCUACUAUUUUUUGAUGCACACAUGAACAUAAUCAAUAAAUGAUUGAAAAAGGAAUGAAAAGAGCGAAAAACAGGAUUUUCAAAGAGUCGAUGGCGGUUGAAUUGAUGCCGUGUUCAAAGUAAUUUCCGCGAAAUGCGAAAUGGUCUCUGACCCUCCAAAAUUCAGUUGUCUUUUUCUUUCUCUGACGGCUAUUUUGAAUUUCGCGGAAUCACUUUGAACACGGCAUGAACACGUGCCAAAGACCGCGAACGCACACGCUACGCGUCCCGCCCCUUGCCCCGCCUCCCUCGCCUUUCAAGUCAGGAAAUAUUGACUAUACCACUUCGUGAUAUAAUUUCUUUUUUUAGCUCACUUCGUCUUUCUGCGUUUGUGUUAAACGUUUUUUAGCACUCGAUAAUCCUUUGUUAUUUGAACAAAGCUUUUUGAAAAUUGAUUGUUUCAAAGUAUUUUCGAAUUAAUUCCCUUUUUUUCACUGAUUUUUAAUAAAAGAUUAUUCACAAAAUAUUUGAAGAUUUUAACCUUGCGAAGAGGUUUCUAGCCAUCUUUUCAAUAUUUGAUCACCAUUGAAAUUAUUCCAAAAUAAAUGAAGGUAUCGACGCAUCAGUCAAUAAAUUUAAAAAAAUUUUUUUGUUACCUCUAUUGACCUUCAUUCGGUGAGAUAGCUAUAGCUGAUUCACGGCUGGCUUCAGCCAUCGAAAAAAUGGUCCUCACACGCAGGCUUGUGCGAAGGCCGACCCGUCAACCUCUCGGCCCCCCGGCCAUUUCCCAAGCCCGGCCCACGACGUUACCACAUAGUGGAAGCGGAGCGUAA